UUCGUUUCUAAAGAGUUGUGUGUGUAUGGCAAACUCAGUCGUUUGUGCUGGAGAUUUCUACUUAAAUAUUGUCGGUAAAUCAGGCUGAACACCUAGCAUUUGAACUUGUUAUUCUGGUUCGGUGAGUUACCUUACUUUUCAAAGCUUCAGACGAACACCACCAUCCAACAUGGAUACCGAUGGAUUUGGUGAUCUACUGCGUGACGCUGAACAGCUGACCGCCAAUGUAGAUAGUGGAGCUGAGUUGCCGCGGGUGGAGCGUAAUCUACAUCAGAUUAUGGAAUCCAGCCAGCGCUUAUGGACAAAGACGGCACAAGUAGGGGCUCCUGAUGCAGCAGAUGUUAAAGCUUCAAUUCUUCUAGGAUCCAAAGGGAUUGAUGUUCCAAGGAUUUCACAGAGACUUGAAACGCUCAGCACCACCAAAACAUUUGAGCCGCUGGAGCCAAUUGCUGAUACAGAUAUACAGAGUUUUCUUAGAAAUGAGAGAGAAAAUGCUGUCCUUGCAGUCAUUCAGGAGACCAAGAAAAAUACAUUACAGCAGACCGAGAAGCGAUUCUGGGAGACCAUGCAGUCCGAAUGGCAGGAGGAGAGACAGAAGAUUCUGAACGCUUUGAUUAGUACCGGAGAAGACAUGAUUGAUAUUGGACCUGAGACGGAGUCCAUGUUGAAUGAGACCGUUGGUAUGGAGGGCCGAAGUGCCAUGGAUAGCAUUGAGAUGGCCUAUGCACGACAGGUGUAUUUGUAUAAUGACAAGGUCGUACAUGGAGGAAUCCGACCCAAUCUCAUCCAUGAUUUUGAGCAAGUCAGCCAUCAGUUUGAUGACAAGCGUGUGAGUGAACUUUGGGCAAUGGUGCGUGAGAUGUCAUCAAUUCCGCUAAUAUCAUCAAGAGAUGCAAUCCAGACAAGAUGCUCACAAGAAAUGCAGAUGUCGUUGAUUCGUCAAGCUCGAUCUUACCUUGAGACCAGCUACUUGACUUACAUUCGUACGAUCGUUGGUGAGAAUCUCCAGCGAGCUCAAGUUGGUGGAAUCCCAGGAACGUAUCACUUGGUCCAAGGGUUUCUCAAAGUGAAGUUACUUCAUCCUAUACCAGGAUUAGAGGACGGUGAAGUUGAUGGACAGCCUGUAUGGCCAGUCAUUUACUACUGUCUUCGCUGUGGGAGUCUGGAUGCCGUACUGCAUGCCGUCCGAAGAGCCUCUCAAGAUCUCGGGCAGUUUGAAGAAUACCUGAGAGGCUACAUGGAAAAUGAUGACAGAAGGCUGUCUCCAGACAUGCAGACAAGACUACGUAUCAGUUACAGACGAUCUGUGAGAAACAGCCCAGAUGCAUACAAAAGAGCUGUUUACUGCCUGAUUGGAUAUUGUGACACGGCAGACAGUCAUUUUGAAGUUGCUACAAAGACAGAGGAUUACCUGUGGAUCAAGCUAAGUCAAGUGAGUUUUGGAGAGGACUCAACCGGUCCUAUCGCCUCAGAUCGUCUGACUCUACAGCAACUUCAAGUCCUUCUUCUUGAGGAGUACGGCGAGACUCAUUUCAGCGCAAACCAGAACCCAUAUCUCUACUUCCAGGUUCUGUUUCUAUGUGGCCAGUUUGAGGCCGCUAUCGAGUUCUUAUCGCGCUCUGAUGUCAGGUUACGCUGUCAUGCCGUACACGUUGCUAUUGCGUUGUAUGAGAUGGGAUUGCUGAUUCUACCACAGAACAUUCAGACGCAAGUUUUGAGUAAACAUGUAGAUGAUCCAGCUCCUAUUCGAAGACUCAAUUUAGCUCGUCUGAUCAGCAUGUAUACAUCUAAGUUUGAGAACACUGACCCUAGAGAAGCUCUACAGUAUUUCUACAUUCUCAGAGGAUUGAAGGAUUCUAAAGGUGAGAAUCUGUUCAUAAAAUGCCUGAGUGAGAUGGUAAUAGAGACCAGAGAGUUUGAUGCCCUCCUCGGUCGUCUCGGGGAGGACGGAACCAGACGACCAGGAGCUGUGGAUAAAUUCCAAGUCAACACUCAGCAGAUCUUGGAAACGGUCGCCAAAGACACCGAGGCAAAGGGUUUAUUUGAAGACGCUGUGAAGCUGUAUGAUCUUGCAAGUAAUGCUGAUAAGGUGUUAGAGAUUUUGAAUCGUCUGCUGAGUCCGAUUGUGUCAAUGCCUAAGAGUCCACAGUCUUCUAGACACAGAUUACAUAAACUAGCAGUGGCUAUUGCUGAAAGAUUCCAGGCGCAGUCAAUCACAGGCAACCAAUCCAACACCAAGUCAUUUCAUCUUCUCUUGGACCUAAUGACGUACUUUGAUCAGUAUCAUAGCAGAGAUCUAGAUAGGGCUCUGGCGACGAUUGACACUCUACAGCUGGUACCUCUCACUCCAGACACAGUGGAUGACAAAGUCAAUGCCUUCAAACAAUACACAGAUGAGGUUAGAAGAAAUAUGCCAGACAUUUUGGUAUCCACAAUGAACAUCUUACAUUCCAAGUAUAGAGCGACACGAAACAGCAGUCUGCAGAAUGCUCAGGGUCUGCCUGCCAUCAGAUCAGAGGAUGGUGGAAAGGAAUCAUACCUAGCUCACCUGAGGAAACAAGCGAAAUCUCUGAUCACAUUUGCCGGAAUGCUUCCAUAUCGAAUGCCAGGGGAUACGAACGCAAGGCUUGUACAGAUGGAAGUACUUAUGAACUGAUAUGACUACUUCUUAGUCACCUUAAGUCAGGUUCAUAACUCCUUGGAAUGUUAAGCGAAUUUUAACAUCACAUUGCUGUUUUCGCAGCAAAUUGGAGUUGUGAACUGUUUGUUGCAAGUAUGAACCGGAAUUUAGUAAUUUCUGAACCAAUAGUGCCACGUUCUAGCAGGUACUUAAGUCUCUCCAGACACUGCCGUUGGAUUGGUCUUGAUGUUAUUGCUCUGGAAAUACAGGCCUGUAUGCUUCAUUUUAGAAAGGGCGAGGGCGCCCUAUAAGGAAAGGUGCUGUAUUUUGGACUGCGUGAGGGCGCUCUUAAUAGUGUUUUUAUCACUUGCGGGAGUAUACGCGAAUCGUCCUGCACAGUUUUAAUAGGCAUUCUGUCGCUUUUGUUGCCGUUGUUGCUUUAGAGAGGUGGCUCCUUUAAAGGGUGUUUUUGUCGGUAAUGGAUAUGAUGUCUGUAUAGUGUGUUCCAGUCUUUCAUAACUGUUUUGGGUAUGAAUGAAUAUACCCCGGAAGCGGUACAAAUGUUUGAGACAACCUCACACUGUCAAAAACACGGCGCAUUGUACAUUUCUACUUAAGCAUUUCAAGGGCACCAAGGCAGUGACCAGGGGGCAACUGCCUUUGUUGCCUCU